UAUAAACUCUCCUCGUUAUUUCUUGACUGGUCUCCAUUAUCAUUAAUGAGAAGCAAGGCCUCUUCAGUCCAACGGGGCUGCGGACGGUAGUCGUCUGUCGUUGGGCUCGAGGGAGAGGCGAGACCCCGCUGGGGACUCUUUGUCCUGGCGGAGGCUGCGGCGGGCCGUGGUCAUUUCACGACGGGGGAGGUGCUGUACGUCCAAGAUGGCGGCGCCCUGUAGGCUGGAGGAACUGUGAGGUAAACAGCUGAGGGGGAGGAGACGGUGGUGACCAUGAAGGACACCAGGUUGACAGCACUGGAAACCGAAGUACUAACUGUCCCCAGAAUAGGUGGUUUCUUCUGGGGAAGAACGAGCCCGUAUUGUUGCACUGUCAUCUUCCUUCCCCUCAGUCUGGUUGCGGCGCCAAUGAAGAGCCUUCGGAGUCUGUAGCACACGUCCCGGCCCCGGCGCAGCACGUCUGUGGGAGAGGAUGGCCCAGCAAGCGAACCUCGGGGAGCUCCUCUCCAUGCUGGACUCCCCCGUGCUGAGUGUGCGCGAUGACGUCACCGCCGUCUUUAAAGAGAACCUCAAUUCUGACCGCGGUCCGAUGCUCGUGAACACCUUGGUGGACUAUUACCUGGAAACCAGUUCUCAGCAAGUUUUGCACAUCCUGACUACCUUGCAAGAGCCACACGAUAAGCACCUCUUGGACAAGAUGAACGAAUAUGUGGGCAGAGCCACCUCUCGGUUGCCCACCCUCUCAUUGCUGGGGCACGUCAUCCGGCUGCAGCCGUCCUGGAAGCAUAAGCUCUCUCAAGCACCUCUCCUACCUUCUCUGCUGAGAUGCCUCAAGGUGGACACUGACGUCAUCGUCCUCACGACCGGGGUCCUGGUGCUGAUAACCAUGCUGCCGAUGAUCCCUCAGUCAGGGAAACAGCACCUGCACGACUUCUUUGACAUCUUCGGCCGUCUUUCGUCAUGGUGCCUGAAGAGACCAGGCCACGUGGCAGAGAUCUCCCUCGUCCACCUCCACACCAGUGUUUACGCUCUCUUUCACCGCCUCUACGGGAUGUACCCAUGCAACUUUGUCUCCUUUCUGCGCUCUCACUACAGCAUGAAGGAGAACCUGGAGACCUUUGAGGAAGUGGUCAAGCCAAUGAUGGAACAUGUGCGGAUUCACCCAGAACUAGUGACCGGAUCCAAGGACCAUGAACUGGACCCUCGGAGGUGGAAGAAAUUAGAAACCCACGAUGUCGUGAUCGAAUGUGCCAAAAUCUCUCUGGACCCGAUGGAAGCCUCGUAUGAAGACGGCUACUCUGUGUCUCGCCGCCAGUCAGCCCGCUGCCCUCACCGUCCCGCUGAUGUCCCCGCCAGCCCUUAUGCUGACACACCAAACAGCUACGGGAGUGCGACGUCCACCCCUCACCCCUCGGCCCGGCCCUUGUUGUCCAGCACACCGGGGCAGCUGCCCCCACCUCUGAGCUUCCCCGCGCCGCCGCAAGCUGCGCUCUGGAGCCCGUCUGUGGCGUGUGGCAUGACCACUCCUCCGACCUCUCCUGGAACUGUUUCGUCCGACGCGUCGCACCCUUACAGUAAAGUCUUCGGAGGAAAAGGGACGCCCCUGGGCACCCCCGCCACCUCUCCUCCUCCGGCCCCGCUCUGUCACACCGAAGACUUCGUGCACGUGUCCCUCCCCCAGCUGGCAGCUGUGCCCCCCCGGAAGGAGGAGAGAGCGGACGUGGCCCGGCCCAGCCUGCACAGACAGCAGCACGUCCCGAGCGACCGCGGGCCAGAAGAGCUCUCUGGCAACAAAGGCUCUGUCACUCUUAGCGACCUUCCAGAGUUUCUGGGCGACCUGGCCUCUGGAGAAGACAGCAUUGAGAAAGAUAAAGAGGAAGCGGCAAUAUCUAAAGAACUUUCGGAGAUCACCCCAGCUGAUGCCGAGCCCCUGGUCCCUCGAGGAGGCUUCGACUCUCCCUUCUACCAGGACAGUGUCUCGGGCUGUCCCAGGAAGACCCCUUCUAGCACCUCCAGUGUCCAGGGUGCCUUUGUGCACCCCGAGCCUUCCAACUCCUCCCUGGACAAGCUGGGACCUGACACACCGAAGCAAGCCUUUACUCCCAUAGAGCUGCCUGGUGCGGGCACCGAUGAAGGCCCUGCUGGGCACAGGGGGUGCCAGACCCCCCUGGAGACCAGUAUCAUCACUCCCAGCCCUUAUAAAAUUCCUCUUCAGAGGGGCCCACGCUUUGGAAGUGGGCAGCCUCCCCUCUACGAUCAUCUUUUCGAGGUGGCAUUGCCAAAGACUGCCCAUCACUUCAUCAGCAAGAAGACUAAGGACCUGUUAAAGAAAGUGAGAGGAAACGCAGAGGAAGACCUCACGCCCUCUGCCUCCCCACUGGAGAUCCUGGACAGGCUGAUCCAGCAGGGGGCCGACGCGCACAGCAAGGAGCUGAGCAAGUUGUCUUUACCCAGCAAGUCUGCCGACUGGACCCACUUUGGAGGCUCUCCUCCCGCAGAUGAGGUCCGCACCCUCCGUAACCAGUUGCUUUUACUGCACAACCAGUUGCUCUAUGAGCGCUUUAAGAGGCAGCAGCACGCCGUCCGGAACAGGCGGCUCCUCCGCAAGGUGAUCAGAGCGGCGGCUCUGGAGGAGCACAACGCGGCCAUGAAAGAUCAGUUGAAGUUACAAGAGAAAGACAUCCAGAUAUGGAAGGUUAGUCUACAGAAGGAACAAGCCAGAUACAGCCAGCUGCAGGAGCAGCGGGACACCGUGGUCAGCCAGCUGCACAGCCAGAUCAGGCAGCUGCAGCAUGACCGAGAAGAAUUCUACAACCAGAGCCAGGAAUUGGAGACAAAGCUGGAGGACUGCAGGAACAUGGUUGCCGAGCUGCGGCUGGAGCUUAAGAAGGCCAACAGCAAGGUGUGCCACACCGAGCUGCUGCUCAGCCAGGUGUCUCAGAAGCUCUCAAAUAGCGAGUCGGUCCAGCAGCAGAUGGAGUUUCUGAACAGGCAGCUGCUGGUUCUCGGGGAGGUCAACGAGCUGUAUCUGGAACAGCUGCAGAACAAGCAUUCGGACACCACCAAGGAAGUGGAGAUGAUGAAAGCUGCAUAUCGGAAAGAACUAGAAAAGCACAGAAGCCACGUGCUCCAGCAGAGUCAGAGGCUCGACACCUCCCAGAAACGGAUUUUGGAGCUGGAGUCUCAGCUGGCCAGGAAGGACCACCUUCUUCUAGAGCAGAAGAAGUACUUGGAGGAUGUCAAGCUGCAGGCCAGAGGGCAGCUGCAGGCCGCAGAGAGCAGGUAUGAGGCUCAGAGAAGGGUCACCCAGGUGUUUGAACUGAAGAUCCUAGACUUAUAUGGCAGGUUGGAGAAAGACGGCCUCCUGAAAAAACUUGAAGAUGAGAAAACAGAAGCAGUAGAAGCAGCAGAAGAAAGGCUCGACUGUUGUAAUGACAGCUGCUCAGACUCUGUGACAGUGCACAGUGAAGAGGCAUCUGGCCGCAAUGGUGAGACCAAGCCCCCCAGGCCUUGCAGCACCCGGGGCGCUGGGGGAGGCAGAGGAGGUGGGGGCAGCAGCAGCAGCAGCAGCAGCCAGCUCUCCAGCCCGGAGAAACCGCCGAACCCGAGGGCUGGCCCGUUCAGCAGUUGGUGGGAAGGUGCCACGGGCGAGCCCUCCGCCGGCCUCCCCGCGACUGUUGGCUCACUUCCUAGUUCAAAAAGCUUCCUGGGCAUGAAGGCUCGAGAAUUGUUUCGUAAUAAGAGCGAGAGCCAGUGUGAUGAGGAUGGCGUGGCCAUUGGCAGCCUCUCCGAGACACUAAAGACAGAGCCGGGCAAAGAUUCGGGUCUGGAAGCCAAGACUCCCCUGUACCCCGACAGCCCACACCCGUGUCCCCCGAACCCGAACCCGGACAGUGUUGGACAGCUCCGCAUCAUGGACUACAAUGAGACUCAUCCUGAACACAGCUAAGGCGGGGUGAUCAGUGUUAGCCUGCGUGCUCAGGCACAGGCCGGGAGGCGGGGCCUUCUCAGCGCUCCUGCUCCCGGGGUUUGUGCGGUGGUUCACUUGGUGGAAGAAAGAUGCAGGGCCUUUUGACAGCUCAUCAGUGCAGGAUGGUUUCUGGAUCUAGUAUUGAAAUGCCUCGUAAUCCACCCCACCCCCCGUAGUUUUCCCAGCAGUGUGAACCAGCCCCAGGGCCGGUUCGCAUUCCUUAGCAGCUUUGCUCCCGUCCUCCCCCAGUGGCUGGGCCCUUUGAACCAGUGCAAUAUGAGGCCAGAUUUCAAGUCUGUCACGCCACUCACUCCUCCUGAGCUCAGGUGGCUGGGCUGGCUCCCCAUUAGCCAGGUGACAGGUGGCACUGAGGGAAUGCACUGUCCACCCUUUCCAGAGGAGGUAGUGCACAAAGCCGACGUCUUCAUGUGGACACUUGUACAGGAGUGGACACUUGUACAGGAGACUUCUGCUGCUUCUGGUUCUGAAGUUAGGCAUCUGAAGCAGCAGGUUAGAACAGUGGUUCAGUCACCCUUACGGUCUUUGGCGGUUCCAAUAAGCUUUCUAGAAGUUCUUUGUGAACAGAGGUCUGUUGCUGGAAAACCUGGAGCCGGCACUGUGGAGACUACAGUCCCCGUUGGGGACACUGUCUGCUUCCCACUACCUCUCAUUUAUUCGGCGUGUGCUCAAAAACUGGUCCUGUUAGGACUGCGGGCUGGGGUGUGGGGCGAGCCUGCCGUGUGCAGGGUAGAAGGGUGGGGACCUGGGUAGUUUCCUGAGAAAUGCGCGUGGACGAGGCGCUGCCCAGGGCUGGCUCUGCCUGCUCCCCGCGAGUCCCUGCCCUGCAGCAGAGAGGCUGUGGGGCCGGAGGGUUUCCUCAGCGCGCCCGUGGCUGGUGCCGCUCAGGCAGUCAGGGCUGUCUUGCUUAAGCAGCGUCUCGGCCGGCGGGAAGGUAACAGCUUUUUACCGCAGUUCUGACUCAAGGGCCGACUUUCCGGGCGGCAUGAGGCCACUGCCCCCGACACGUUAGUGGUGGCGGAGCGGUUUCCAGCAGAGCCCUGCCUCGCAGACAAAGGCUGGCAGCCCACACGCACUCGGGAGAGGUGACACCCGGCAGGACACUGACAGUGGCAGAGGAUCCGAACUAGUCAGAAGCUUCUAAAAUAAAUGCUGGAAGCCUAAGAGUGUUGUCCUGGUGUUCCAGGGGCAGUGAGGAGAAGUGGGCGGGGAAAGUCGGUGCGCUCAGUCUUCCUCUCCGUUCUUGGAGUUCACAUCUGGAAGGUUCAGCCGCGAGGAAGGAGAAGACACGUGAUGGUGGGAAGUCUUUCUGUCCGUGGGAGCUUCCGGCUCAGGAGGGCAAAACCUCUGUUUUUCAAGCAUGGCAGCAAGUAUUCUGGUCUCCCCUGCCAGGUGGGGCUGGAGGAGGAGGUUCCAUGCCAUCGAGACUGUGUGAGCAGGACCCCUGCCUGCCUGGGACAGGGCAUGUGGGCGUGACCAGCGUGGGCCCAGCCUGCGGAAGGCUGUCCCUGGGUGUGGUGCUGCCCCGCCGUGUGUACUCCCCAGGGAGCGUCCCACCGUCUGCUCAGUCCACAUGCGUCCUAAGGAAAGCUGAAAGACUGCCUAGUUCAGGUUCAGAGAGGAAAACUACAAUAGAAUUAGGAGGAAGAUGGCUCAGAGGAACUGCUGAAACCCUUCUAAAUGUGGGCCCUCCCCAGGCCUGGGAGAGCAGGACCCCAGCGCUUAAUCAACGCCUCAUCUCGUGCUGGUGGGCAGAGACAAGGGGACCCGUGGAAAGAAAGGGCCUCUUUUACAUGUGCAGGUUGUGAGAAUGCAGAGAAGGCCGUGGGGGGAAGUGGGCCGGGGCCCAUGGUGGGCUCUGGGCCGGGGCCCCGGCACAUGCCUCCAGCCUGGGUGUCUGUCUGCUCCGCUUUCCAGCCGCAGCAGGGGAGCUGCUGGGUUUUGUGCCGCCAAGGCUGUGACGCCAAGGCUGUGACGCCAGCCUGGAGUCACCUGGAAGUCAGCCCAGAAUUAUAGGCUUUUGUUUUGCAAAGGGCUUGGUAGUCAGGUUUUGCUUGGUUUUAGAAUCGAUAAACCUGCUAAGAGUAAAAAGGCAUUUUUCAGGGUGGAAAGGGGACUGUGGAGGAAGGCCCAUGAAUUGGCCUAGGGACAGACCAGGCAGGGGCGCGAGGGCGGAACCCAGGCUGGCAGGGCUCUGGCCCUCGCACACGCUGGGUUGGACAGCCUCUGUUCAGAGCUGAGCACGCUGCCUGGCUAGCGCUGUUUGCCAGAGUCCUGGUCCCACCUGAUACCAAGCGGGGUCGGCCCAGACCCUGAGAAGAUGGGAGGCCGCCUCUUGGGCGGUGUGAGGUUUUAUGAAAGGAUCACUACAGUCUCGUGGGGGUGGGGGAGGGGAGAGCGGUGUGGUCUCUGUAGGGAAGAUGCACCCACCCCUCCACCUGCUGUAGGUUGGUGCGAGGGUCUGCGUCAAAUGUGAACUGCAGCUUGAAAGGGCUUUGAGUGGGCCCUUCCGUGACGUGCAAAUCGCUGCUGCAGGCCAGGGGGACUUGCUGGUGCCGGGAGCAAACUGCCUGGAGCUCCAAGGCCGGAGAGGAAGGCUGCUGCUCGGUGGCCAGGGUUACAGAGCUCUUUGUGCAGGGGAGGCAGCCAGCCUGCCCAGGAGGGUGGGUGGACGUGACCUCCCUGGGCUUGUCAUAGUUUUUCGGGAGAGAAAACUGCUGAGACCUCGGAAUAGUGGCUGAGGGUUCUUCCUGGGCGCUCUGAGCAGAGGGACAGGACAGGUAAGCUGCUUUUGAGGCUGGGUUACAAGUGCUGUCUUCAGGGGGUGCUGUUUCUGGGACCCCACAGUGGGGUCCCAGAAACCACUGACCACGGAGAAGUCAGCCCACGUGCCACCUUGGUCACUGUGGCCACAUACUCCCGGGCAGACAGGACAGCAGGAAAUGGAACUCCAGAUUGGCUGUCAGGCAGCAGCACUCGGAGUUUCAGUGUUCUUGUGGAGAAGGAUGGAAGCAGCAGCCACGUGGGAGGUGGUGAUGGACUAGAUGGGCCCACUGCCACUCGAGGACCUGGCAGCUGGACUGAGGCCGGCGGGGUUUCUGGGAGGAGAGUCUAAUGACUGUGCUCACACCAGCCCUCGGAAGGCCCCCAGACCCUGGGACAGACCGCUCUACGCCGAAGGAGUGGGACCAGGUGGAAGGCUGUGCUGCGCAGACGCUGCGCCUGCGCGCGCACCAGGAAGCGGUGAGAGUGCAGGCUGACUGCAGCGGGGUUCGGGCGCAGUGAAGACUUGGUCCAGACUGCGGUGGCGGUGCUGUGCCGCCGUGCGCAGUGCGCAGAGGUGGAGGCUGGCCUUCUCCCCAGAGUGGUCCCCGGAGAGGCCUGGGCCUGCCCAGGAGUGCGUCUCCGGUGGGGGAGGGUGUCUCGCUGGGCGGUCUGCAUCAGCACUGCGGGCCCUGCUGCAUUUUCGCUCGUUGAGGUGCAGGCUUUAAAACCAGCAGUGAGUGCUGGAAAACGUGUCUGGUCUGAAGACGUCCGUGUACUUGUUUACAUCCAGAGUUCUGUGACCCCCCCCCCCAAACACAUGCACUGCUGCAGAGGAGUUGAUUGCCCCCGAGGAAACUUCUCCCCUGAGGGUGAAGGAGCCAGUUGAGGUCUCUGCUUGGCCCCUGGGCUGCUGCUGUGACCCUUGCCCUAGGUGGCUCCGUCCCCAGCCACGACUGGCCUGCCCAGAGCGAGCAGUGUUUCUGGCUCUCCCACACCAUCCCACUGGCCAUUGGUGCGCACUCCCCAGAGAUGGGUGGCAGCAGCUGCAUGGGUACCUGCCCUGGAGGACCGAGCCCUGCCCCUGCCGCUGCCGCAGCCACCACUGGCAGCCCCGACAGGAGUUGAAGAGGCAGAGGCCCUUCCCGCCCCCUCCCCUCCCCUGCCCAGUGCCACAAACUGGCCCGUACUCCGGGCUCUUUGGGAUAGCUCAGAGGAGACCCCUGAGAGUUUGAGACGCCCCAGGCCACUCCCAGCUCCCCUCCCUCCACACGGCGCUUGGACAGGAGGGUGCAUGCUGCUCUGCACGGCCGGUGCUCUGGCGUGUCUGGCGGGCAGCCGGGCAUCUGCACGAGGAGGGGUCAUGGGUCACUUUUCAGAGGACCUCUGUGGACAGAGACAUCCCGGAGGCACCGGUUCUGCCGUCAUAAUCUAGUUUUCUAACUUAAUCAUGGAGCCGGUAUGUGCGGCUGACUUGCAGUGAAGAGGUUCCAUCACUGAAAAACAGAUUGUUUUUUAACUGACUGUUUUUAGUUAAACUUUAAAAAGUCAUCUCUUGUCAGAAGGUUUAAACCUUCCCGUCUGGAUCGUAAAAGCAUGUCACACAGUCCACAUCCAGUGCCGUGAACGUGAACUACAAGAGAACAUGGUACAAUCUUAGUGAGUGGGGACUGGAAUCGAAAGGGUUUGCUGUCCUUAGAAUGUUCUAAAAUGUCGAGGCAGUUGCUUGUGUUUAACUGUGAACAAAUAAAAAUUUAUCGUUUUGCACUA